AGCCGCACGCCUCGGUUCCCCCCAGCCCAAGAUGAAGAUUGAAUUCGCCCCUCUCGCCAUCCCGCUCCGGAGGAGGCUUCAGACAGCUUCGGUUGUCCAGUGGGUCUUCAGUUUCUUGGGCCUAGCCCAGUGUUGCAUCGUCCUCUUUGCCGGCCUCCUUUUCACUCGCUUCUGGCUGAUCAGCGCGCUGUACGCCGUGUGGUGGGCCUGGGAUUGGGACAAGCCGAGCAACGGCGGCAGGAGAAUCCGCUGCAUCCGCAACUCGGUGGUCUGGAGAUACAUGCGGGACUACUUCCCCAUCACGCUGGUGAAGACAGCCGACUUAGACCCUGCAAAGAACUAUAUCUUUGGAUUCCAUCCCCACGGAGUCCUGGUGGCUGGAGCCUUCCUCAAUUUCUGCACAGAGGCCACGGGGUUCUCCAAAAUCUUUCCGGGGCUGACCCCUAAUCUGAUGAUGCUGAACCUCUGGUUCCGAGUCCCCUUCUUCCGGGACUACCUGAUGAGCGGAGGUAAGUAGGCCAGGAAGCGUGAGUCGGCUGCCUACGUUCUCAAGAAGCCGGGCGGAGGGAACGUGCUGACCAUCGUUGUCGGAGGCGCUCAAGAAGCCCUGGAUGCUCGGCCCGGAGCCUUCACCCUGCUGCUGGCAAACCGCAAGGGGUUUGUUCGCCUGGCCAUAGCCCAUGGGGUGCGCUUGUCCCCAGUGUUUUCCUUUGGUGAGAAUGAGCUGUUUGACCAAGUGGAAAACCCCAAGGGCUCGUGGCUGAGGUGGACCCAAGAAUGCCUCCAGAAAGUGAUGGCACUCCCUCCCCCUCUUCCACGCCAGAGAGGGGUCUUCCAGUACAACUUCGGGCUGCUUCCCUAUCGGCGGCCAAUCUACACCGUGGUUGGCAAGCCUAUCCAUGUGGAAAAGAAACUCAACCCAAGCCGGGAAGAGGUAGAUGAGUUACAUGAGAAGUACAUGGAAGAGCUCUCCAAUCUCUUUGAGGAGCACAAAUUGAAGUACCAUGUUCCAGAGGACCAGCAUCUGUCCUUCAUAUGA